GGGCCCUGUGGCCUGCGGAGGGCUCUGGAUCCGGCUGCUGUCCCGGUGCCAGCCCAGCUCCUGCUCUCGGUUGUGGCCGCGAGGCAGGGCGGCUGUCCCCAGACGGGGAGCUCCCGCGGGUCUUCCAAUAAGCCUCUUGUCCGCGCUCACCAUUUCCGCAGAGCAGGGUCAGGACACCCGGAGCCUGCCAGCGCUACAGUGCCUCCCUUGUUUAAUGGCGGCUUGGCGCAUGCGCCGUCCGCCGGCAGAACCUGGCCCGCCAUGCCGAAUGAAGGCACUUCCGGGUUACCGCCGCGCGGCACACGUGAUGCGAAGGCCACGUGGUCCUCCCAUCAUGUGACCUGCGGCGUUCGCGGGCAGGAGGCCAUGGCCGCCCCCCGCCCCCUCACGGUGGUGCCGGGCGAAGCCUCCGAGAGCGACUCGGAGCAGGAGCUGUUGGUAGGGGCGGCGGGGGGAGCCCCCGGGGCCGGGCUGAAGGUGCCGGGCGAAGCCUCCGAGACCGAAGAGGAGGAGGAGGAGGAGGAGAAGGAGCAUAGACCGAAGACAUCCCCAGUGCUGGCGGAGGAGCCGGCGACGGUUUGGGGGGGCGGCCGGGGGAGCCCCUCGCUGCUGCAGCAGCGGCUGCGGGAGGGGACGGGGCGGCUGCAGGGGGCGGUGGGCAGCGCCCUGCGGCAGAGCUACGGCAGCGCCGCCCGGAGCCUGGGGGGGCUGGAGGGGGCCCUAGGCCGGGCGCAGGUGACCGCCGCCGCCGCCGCUCACUGCCUGCGCCUGGCCCGCCGCGACCUGCGCGCUGUGGCCGACACCAUCGACAUCGUCACGGCCUGUCGCCUCCUGCCCGACAUCCGCGUGCAGCUCUGACUGGGACGAGGCACCACGUUCACCAUCCCCCACUGUGGCUGUCACCCGCGGCAGCAACAACGCCUGCCAGACAUCCACGAGCAGUUGCCGGCACCACUCCUGUCCUCA